GACAAGCGCGCAGGCUCGAGGAGGGCGCGAAUGUCUCGAUCAGAAAGGCGAGACACGACGGGAUAAAACGGAACGAAACGGAGUUGCUAAAUAUAAUACGCGAAGGUACGCGAUUCUCUUACGGCUGGGGACUGCAAGAUGGUCUUCAACAUUCAAAAGCACAAACAUUGUCCUCGAUAGUGAUUUUAUUGUUAUUGUUGUUUUAUUGGUUUUCUGCCGAUGUCGUCUUUGUCACGUGAUAACCAACUGAAUUAUAGAGAUGAAUAUCCAGAAGCCUGAGGGUCUUCUAUCUGUGGUUUUACCAACUGAACUUGCGUCUUCACCGAGUUCGCGACAACUCAUUAUAAAUCAAGACCAACAGGAUGAAGAGGCGUCGGAUUGUCCACUUUUAACUCCUAGUCCGCCGAUCACUCAAGUGAACAAUGCUUUGGAAUCAAGCGCGAUCUUCGUCUCUCUGGAAGGAAAUCCCGUGGAAUCGAUUCCACCGCCAACACUUGAAAACAUUAAUAAAGAGGACGGCCUUAAUGAGUUCAUGAACAUAGUGAACAGCUCAAGCAGAACGCUGAAUGAUGAACCAAGUUCACGGGAUCCAAUGGUGGAAUCGACGACCAGUGGAAGCAGCAGCGACACAAAUGGGCCCGUUUGUGCACAAUUACUAACGCAGUUGAACACAGCUUAUCAACACCUUGCUCCUGAUGCUCAAGCAUUAUUUUACAAUCAGGAGAAUGGCGGUAAACCACCUUUGGUUGGGAUUCAAUUGAUGGUACCAAAACCAUCGAAGGAUUAUCGUUUUAUGAAAUGGAAUUGGCCGCUCAUUAGGAAGACUUGUUUCUGGUCUCUGAUGUCAGUUCUCGCUGGUUGCACAGCAUUGGUUAUUGGUGUAAUCGCUACAAUGCCAAGAAAAUGUGAUCCUGCAGUUCAAUGGUGGCAAGGCAGUGUCUUCUACGAAAUAUUUCCAGCAUCUUUUCAAGAUUCCUCGAAAGGUGGGGAUGGUAUAGGCGAUCUUCGAGGCAUAACGAUGCGUUUGGACUAUUUAAAGAAAUUAGGCGUGCGUGGAAUUCGUCUAAAUUCUAUUUUCCCAGCAGCCCAUUAUCCCGAAUACUACAGGAACAUAGAAAAUUUGACAGAUCUCAACAAACAAUUAGGAACAUUGGAUGAUUUUUCUAAGCUUGUGCGCGAGAUUCAUCGUCAAAAUAUGAGUCUGAUAUUAGAUUUGCCGUUGUAUCCCUUCAUAAAGACUCUGUAUAGCGAAAGUACGCCAUUUGAAAAACAAAAUAAAACAGACAAAGCUGUGCAUGAAAGAAGAAAUGUUACCGAUACCGUAAUUCUGCAGGAAAUAAUACCAACGAUACCCUCGAUGCCGCAACAAGCAAUACAGAAUAUCCAAAUGUUUGAGAGAUCUAACACAUAUCAAAAUUAUAAUAAUAUAUCGGAUAAUUCUGUUACAACGGCCAUUAAUGUUUGGCUAAAAAGAGGAGUCGAUGGUUUUUACUUAAAAGGACUGGAACAUUAUGUCAACGAAGAAUCCUUUACGGACAUCUUGAUGCAUUGGAAAUCAAUUCUAGGGUCUGAAAGAAUAUUUAUUUGUCAUAUAGAUGCUUUGAAUGCUGCCAAAACGGUUGCGGCAAAAAAUUCUAUUUUAAUGAAAGUAGAUCUCGUAGAUAUUCCAUUAAAUAUCGCGAAUGGUACGAAGGAGAUAAAAAGACAAAUAGAGGAUGUCACGAAAGGUAUAUUGUUCGAGAAACCUGAUUAUUCUUGGGUACACUGGUCUAUAGGUAGCGUGGAUUCUAAAAGGAUUGCUUCUACCAUUAGCGUGAAGAAUGCUACUUUAUCGGCUACAUUGUUAGGGUUGAUGCUUCCGGGAACACCAAAUAUAUUCUACGGUGAUGAGAUAGGUAUUAUGGAUUGCGAAUGCGAGGAUCAUAAAGAUCUUGCUCACGUGCACAAUUUGCCUCCCAUGUAUUGGGAUGGAAUCGGCGAUUCCGACAUUAAAUUUGCGUCCAUUGGUGUUACGGCUUGGCUUCCGGAGUCUACAAAGCCACUGGAGACAAGUUUGUUUGGAACUAUUGCUGAAAUGAUUAAUCUUAGAUCAGAAACAACACCAAUUUAUGUAAAAGCGGUGCUAAAAGAAAAUCAGGUGCUGGCGAACUGUGAUAUUAGAUAUGCAGAUGAUGAAAUAAUUGUAAUAGAAAGAUGGUAUCCAAGACGGAAUUCUUAUGUCUUUUUAGCGAAUCUAGGUAACAAGUCACAAAUAAAGGAUUUAUCCUUUCUUUAUUACGGUGGUCAAGUUGUAGUUGGCCCAUCAUACAGAUUAAAUAAAGACGUAUAUUUCAAAGAACUUACCAUACCUCCGGGAGAGGCUUUUGUCAUAAAACUUGAUAAAUGAAAAUUUGUUAUGAAUUUAAAGAUUUUACAUAACAUUCAUUUUAUAUAUACGGUCAAGAUAUUAAUGUCUUUGAUUAAUAUGUUCGGCGUGAAUUUGUGAUAUUUUAUUUGACGAAUAUCGUUGCGAACAUUGUACAACGAAUGUUUAGAUAUAAAAGUUCCUAUUAAUCAUAAAUCAAUGAGGAACCACAAUGUCCAAAAGAACGAAUUUAUUAUUAUAUUUAUAAAAAAUGAUAUAUACAAUAGAAAAAGAAAGAAAGAAGAAAGCAAAAGUUUGUGCGGUCUCAACGAUUUUCAUAUACACGGGUAAAAUGUGCUUAGAAAUAAAAUCAAAAGCUCAAAAAAAUCAAAUUCUAUAUUAUUAAUUUUAAUCUUUUAACAAGACGAUGAUAAUGAAAAAGCACAACGAACGAUCGCGCAUUUCACAUUCCAAGAAAAGACAGAUCAUUUCACGUUUGCCUGUGUUCAUUUUAAUAAUCAAAGUUUAGGAUGAGAGAUUGUUUAGCUAUUUUGUAUAUCUUUUAAUCAUUUUGAUAACAAAAUCAUGUUCGAUUAUUCUCAGUCAUAAUAGAAAUUCAAUAUAAAAAUCGAAAAUAUUUUUCAUAUUUUAUAAAAUGACAAGAAAAUGUCAUUGAGUACGAUUUUAAAUUUCAGAUCAAUUUGAAAUAUAUAGCAAAUAUUUUUAUAAUGAAUUUUAUCACGUGAAAAUAACUGUUCGCAACGUGUCAUUUUUACUUCUUUUGUAAUCAUUUUGGUACUAAUCGAGUGAUAUUUUAUUGAUGCGUGAAUUAAAUGGUGCUUACGCAAAAAUAUCUUUUUUCUAUUCUCAUUCAAUAUGAUACGUUGUGUGUUAUUAUGGCGCCAAUUUUAUAUGUUACAUGUGACUUAAUUAUACAUUUGGUCAAACUUUUGGUACAAAUUUCUUAAUAGUAUUAAACAAGAAUUAUAAUAUUUAUUAUCUAUAUAACAAAUAUUUAAUGUAUUAAAAUUUUUACUUUAACAAAGUUCAAUUUUGAUGUGAAUAUUAAUAUUCGAAAAUAAAAAAAAUGUUAUCUGA